AAGGCCCUGGGCAACCAAGGGAGAGUGUCUCACGCACACACACUCACGCACACACACGCACGCACACACACACACACACACACACACACACACACAAACACACACACACACUUAAACUUCGAGAGAGAGCGAGAGAGAGAGAGAGAGAGAGGCUGGUACAAAAAGUCUCACACACUCAUCUCAUCACACACACCAACUGUGUUGUCAUCCCAACAACUCACUUUGCUCGCUGCGUCCCUAUCAGAAAGCGUCGACUGGCCUCCUCCAACACCUGGCGAACACCUGAACCUUUUCCAACACCGCCACCUGCUGGAGAACCACUGACGAACUCCUGCCUUGCUCAAAGGGGCCUUGCCAAACCGCUAGAACCUUCCUCUGAGGCUGUGAUAGACCACCGUCGCUCUCAUCAGUUAGAACCUGACAUUGCCGACUGGUACCGAGGUCCAAACCACAGCUCCACCUGACAGGCGAGGAAGGCUGUGACUGACAGCUGAUGGCUGACUGGAGUCUGCUGGGAAAUUUCCUGGAGGAAGUACAGGAACACUCCACCUCCAUUGGCAAGGUGUGGUUGACCAUCCUGUUUAUUUUCCGCAUCCUGGUUCUGGGGACGGCGGCCGAGUCGUCUUGGGGCGACGAACAGGAAGACUUCAACUGCGACACGGAACAGCCCGGCUGCGAGAACGUGUGCUACGACAGAGCCUUCCCCAUAGCGCACAUACGAUAUUGGGUGCUCCAGAUCGUUUUCGUGUCCACGCCCAGCCUGGUCUAUAUGGGCCACGCCAUGCACACGGUACGCAGGGAGGAGAAGAGGCGGCGCCGCGAGGAGGAAGGCGGGGAGAAUGGCGAAGGCGAGGAGGACAACGACGACCCGGGAGGGGGCGAAGGAGGCAAGGAGCGAGGGGACAAGGAAGGAAAGGAUGCAGGGAAGGAGAAGAACGAAGGUCCGUCACCAGGGAGGGUCCGCCUGAAGGGGGCGCUGCUGCAGACCUACGUGCUGAGUAUCCUCAUAAGGAGCAUCAUCGAGGUGGUCUUCCUGUGUCUGCAGUACUUCCUGUAUGGAAUAUUCCUCCAUCCUCUCUAUGUGUGCAAGGCGUGGCCCUGCCCACACCCCGUCAACUGCUACGUGUCACGACCCACGGAGAAAAACGUCUUCAUCGUGUUCAUGUUGGUGGUGUCGGCCGUGUCGCUGGUGCUCAGCGUGUUAGAGCUCCACCACCUGGCCUGGAGGCACUUCUGCAGACGCUUGUUUUCCUCAAAGAACGUGGAGACCCCUGCGCUAGCCAAGCAAUGUCCCAGGUCGCCGCCCCCGCCCUCCACCCCGCCUCCUGACUUCAGCCAGUGUGUGAUUGGCCCCUCGCACUUCCUGGCCCUCCCUUUCCCCAACCACCGCCUGGCUCACCAGCAAAACUCCGCAAACAUGGCCGCCGAGCAGCACAAGAUGGCCGCCACGGUGGGCGAGGAGAGCCUACUCCAGAUGGGCUGCUACUCGCCCGGCUGGCAGAGGGGCGCCGACAUGGCCUGCUUCAACCACGCCGGCGGCGUGGACUGCGCACGGGUGAAAAGUGGCACCGUGGCGCGUGCGGUGCCGUGCGCCAGUGGCGAGGUGUGUCAGAGGGACAAACGCAGGCUCAGUAAGACGAGCGCCACGAGCAGCCGAACGAGAGCGGGCGACCUCGCCAUCUGACAACGGCUUUCUAGCAGCCGAUCGUGACACGUUCGCGUGAGAACACUGAAGGAACACUGGAGCGCUUCAUAGCGGCGCUUUUGAGGGUCAUUCCGCUCUUUGGACAAAUUAUUUCUGUCUCCUGGCUUUCAUUCCCAAUAAAUUACGAGUUAGCUUGGCUCACAAAGACGUCCGAGAAUCUGCAGCUGGGUCCCAAAUGGAAUACUUCCGUCAGUAGGCUUCACCAAGUACACUGUGCGGUGUGCACUUAGGACCUGAGGGCGCCAUGUUUGAGAGUGAAGUUCUGUCCCAAAUCUCUAACUGCUUUCGUACACGCUGAAAUAUUUACUCCCUUCUUCUUCUCUCCUCUUUAAUUGGAGCGGCAUAGCUCCGUUUGUAGAGUGGCCGUGCCAGCAACUUGAGGGUUCCAGGUUCGAUUCCCGCUUCCGCCAUCCUAGUCACUGCCGUUGUGACACUUUACCCACCUGCUCCCAGUGCCACCCACACUGGUUUAAAUGUAGGGCUGGGCGAUACGGCCUUUAAUGAAUAUCUCGAUAUUUUUUAGGCCAUGUCACGAUACACGAUGUAUAUCUCGAUAUUUUGCCUUAGCCUUAAAUGAACACUUGAUGCAUACAAUCACAGCUGUAUGAUGAUUCUAUGUGUCUACAUUAAAACAUUCUUCUUCAAACUGCAUUAAUAUAUGCUCGUUUUAAACUUUCAUGCAGAGAGGGAUAACACAACUAAGUCAGUUGACCAAAAGUGUAUUUAUUAAACAGUUAUUAAGCAGUGGCACAAACAUUCAUGUCAUUUCCAAAAAAAAGAAAUGUAAGAGAUUUUCAGAGACAUUUUAAAACAAGCUAUGAGUGCACUGUUGUGCAUGAUGUCACUACUAUGACAUCAAAACAAUACAAAAUUAAAGUGCACUUUUUGCACAGAACGCCAGUACAAUAGUUUAAAAAAAAUAAAGUGCACUUUUGUGCAUGAUGUCACACAAGAUAUAACAAAAAGUUUAAAAUAAAAAUUAGCUGCAUAAUAGGAAAUCAAAUAGCGUAUUUCCUUCGCUAUGUGGUAGUUUACUGCGGACGUUAUCUCCAUCUGUUGUUGACUAUUUGUUUCAUACGGUGUUGAUGUUGAAAUGGUUGCUUCGGCAUUUUGUGGGUGUGGCACCGAACGGAGAUGCUGACAUGCGGAGUUUCAAACACUCUUCAUUUUCUAGCGGGUGAUUUUUCAAAUGAUGCUAAACAUUAGUAGAGCUGCUACUCUUUGUAGCAAUGCUUUUUCCGCAUACUUGACAUAGUACAGUUGUCUGUUCAACAUCUUCCCUCUUGAAGCCAAACCACCGCCAGACGAUGGACCCUGUGCUGUCUUUCUUUGGAAUUAAUUUUUCUUCCUUCGUUACCAGAUUUGCAUUUUCUUUCUCUCAUAUUACCACUCGCAACGCUAGCAUCACAGCUAACGUUACCCAUUCCGCUACCUCGCUGCUCCGCGAGAGCGUAUGACGUUGCGAUGUGACGUAUGUAAGAAGGUGCGCUUGUUUUACGUCUCUGUGAGAAGUUAUGCCCGCAGCUCAAAGCAAAUGUGUGAGAACGUAUACUCGAAUGUCACGAUAUAGUCAUUUUCUAUAUCGCACAGAGACAAACCCGCGAUACAUCACGUAUAUUCGAUAUAUCGCCCAGCCCUAUUGAAAUGUAACUUCGAUAUUGGGUUUCACUAUGUAAAGCGCUUUGAGUUAGCGCUAUAUAAAUAUAAUUCACUUCACUUCAAUACAUAGUCAAGAUGGCAACGACUGAGGAUGGUCACAGGUCAAUUGAGACACGGCCUAGGUUUGAAGGAAGCGGAAAAAAAAACAAAGAGCUGAAAGUGACAAGUCAGGUGACACAAUGGUCACAUGACUUAAUGGUAAAUAUUACUGCAACUGCAUCUGUACUGUGAAAAUAUGCACAACUUUUGACAAGAGGACACAUGAGAACGGGAUUGAUAACACAAAAGUGGACAUAACGACAAUCAACGACAAGGAUGUACGAUUUGUCAAACCCUUUAUAUGCUCUUAAUUUUUUUAUAUUCAACUUUGUUACAUGUACAAAUCUGAUCUCACUUUGACUAGUUUUUUCCAACUGUCAUCACACGCAUUAAAAUGUCGUUUUUCACUGUGAAAGACGCUCGAAAUGACCGUCAUUCAACCAUUUACUAACUCAUGGUCUGUUACGUCACAAUAAAUUACAAGGAAAAACUUCAAAA